UAAUACUGUGAGUGAUGGUUUAUUUGCAGAUCUAUAAAUCAAAGAAAAUGUGAGAUGUUAGGCUACUGUUUGAUGAUUUUCAUUUCUAGGUAUUCUCUUUGAUUUAAGUGAAAGUUGGGAAAAUUGCAAACCACAGUCAAUUGUCUACAUAGCAAUCUCAUAUUAUUUCUUGACCGUCCUAACUGAUGAGUAAACACAAACAGAUCAAAAUCUCCCUUGGCGUAGAGGCCUAUUUUUAAACUGCUCGUCUUUGAUGCGGGGAUGAGGUGAAGGACAUUGUGGAAUGAUGGUCUAUUUCACUCAAGUUGGCAAUGGCGGAGCUCUCGGCGUUCUCGAGGACUUUGGCCUAGUGUUUCCCCCAUCUACUCUUGACAAUGUCGACAAUUUGAUUUUGUGUGUUCCUCAUGAUGUUCUUCGUUUGGCCUUUCCAGACCAUAGAAUGAUGAUUAUAAAGAUUACGCACAUGAUUCAACUGGAAUUGUAACCUAAAUUUGCCUGGAUGGUCCCGCGCCUACAAUGGAGUGCGAUGGGGAAGAUCCAAGCUCUCUUCUUUCUCUGCGGGAGACACUACUGCCGCCUGAUACUUCAUCGUCGUCCUCCUCUCAGGUUCUUGGGCAUGGUCAGUUGCACAACUGGACAGCUUCCAUUGGUCAGUCGGUUGACAUCUCUGGCCAGUUCUCCCCAGUAUCCCCUGCAGAUGGUUUUAGUAAUGGUCAGAAUCAUGGAGAGGGAGCCAUGCGUUUCUAUGGAUAUCAUAGAGCCUCAGCACAAGACGGCAGCAGGAAUGGGGAGUUGAGUGUGCAGGGACAGUUUCCUGUACAAAACCGGGCUGUGAAUAACGGUAAUCUGAGCAAUAGCCUGGGAGGGUUUGUGUCCAGCUCAAGCCACACUACGACCAAUAGUUGCUCCACUCUUUACUACACUGAGCCAGAUUUCAGACCUGAUGGGGACCUCUACAGCAAUAAGGAUGGUAGUAGACACAAUUCUGUCAACGGUGGGUCUGACCCAUGCAGUCAUCGAGUUGCAAUAUCCCAGACGUCAAUGCGACCUCCUGUCUCUCAUGUGUCACAACCUUUCUCCCAGACUCUUGAGUACACUCUAAAUGCUGAGAUGCCUGAUCCUAACAAGGCAGGGAGCCGCAGUGUAGAUCUAGACCAGAGUUUUUUUGACUCUCGGAUGAAAGCAGGAGACUUCCCUAAGGAGAUGGAGAACAUGUAUGAUGCCUCAACGAGUAAGCAGAGCUCCAAGGCCAUGGCUGGUCAGGACUCAUCUCUCACCUUCGACCGUAGGCAGAUGGACAUCUCCAACUUUGAUACAGAUUUCGAUUUUGCUACUCCAUCCCGCGACUAUGGAACUUCAGCGGGUCGCGUUGACCUGUCUUCGUUGCAUCGAGGGGCUCAACAACUUGCCUACCACCAGAGCAUGGCAAGCAUGGAUUCUUCCUCUCAUGUAACUAUACCCCAAAAGUACUCCAAUACCGUCCCAAUGUCAGAUUCUAAUCAGCAAUACACUGGUGUGUCUCUGCCUGUUGACUCCUCCAGCCCACAGCAACCCAGUGAUGAACUGAAAAGGGUUCAUAUGGCAUAUCCCUCUUUCAGCUUUGGAGAUAAUUCUGAUUUUGAAAGUUUGAGAUUGGCUGAGGCUGUACAAAAAAAACCUUCCUUGAGCCAGCAUUUUGGGAGUAUUUCUUCUGAUUUAGACCCAGUGUUCCAUGCUACUCCAGCUGAUGUAUCUAGUCACCACAAAUACAAGUUCGAUAUGGGGAAAACUGCAACAAGCGAUGAAUUUAGAGAAACUGUGAGAAAUCCACGCAGCAGUGUGAAGGAAACAGAUGAGACUGGCAGAGAUGCUGGGAAGUGGAAUGGUCGGCCACGGGCCCACCGCAAGAUGGCGAGGCUUCUGGGUGGUGGAGGGUUAAAGAUGAGACAUGGAGCAGUUGAAGUAGCCAGUACAAGUGUCGGUGCUGCCUUACACGCUGGUGUUGAGGAAGGAGGUUAUGAGACGAUGAAGGACCAGCAUGCAUUGCGAACGGAAGUCCAAGGCAAAGUGGCUUAUCACGGCGGUGAAAACCAACGAGAUGUGACCAAUAAUUCUAGGACUUUCCUGACCAUGGAAGAAGAACUGGAGUUGAGAGCCUCAGAGCAUGAACAGAGAAGGUUGACUAGCCGUAGCAGGGCGGAUGAUGCAGAUCGGCAGUUUGCUCUCCCUAAAGAAUCAGGUCUUCUCAGCUCUCAUGGCCUUACUUUGGACCCUGUCUCAUUUUCUAUGCCUGUAAUGCACAAGGACUCCUCCUUACUCACUGAUCAUCAGUUUCUGUCAGGUCCCCAGCUGGACUUGGAUUUACAACACUCUCUGACAACUUCAUCUCAGAGGGAGCUGGAUAUGAAUCAACAGUUGGCGCUGCAGGUUCACAAAGAUUUUGACAUGGACGCUGGGCAUGCCGCCGCUGGCCCUGAUGACCUGUCGUUUGAUUCCCCGAUGGACCCUGCACAUACCGGUGAAGCAGAGCUAGCCUUUUCGGACAUGAACAUCGGUGGGCAUGGACAGCAGGACCUCCCUCUCGAAGCAUAUUUUGGGACGGGUGUGGAUAGAGAUAUUACCUUUUCCAGGAAAAUACAGACUCAGCUGAUCCGAGACAUUGGUUGUAUGACUGGCUCUGCUGACAACGAUUUUAAUUUUGAGGAGUACAUGAACAGCCAGCCACAACGUGAUCUGAGUCAGCCAUACUUUGAUCGCACUGAUAUUCCCCAAGAUAUGACCUUGUAUCAGAAAUCGCCGUCAGAAAAAAUGACUGUGCUACCAGAUACUUCUUCCAUUUUCAAAGAACGGGAGAAGAAUGAUGGGUCAGAUCUGAACAGUAUGAAGCAGAUGAGAGAGGUUUCAGAACUUCAAAAAGAGUUAACAAAGACUUCGGCCAAAGAGAGUAUGAAAGGUAUUCGCACACCUAGAGACCUGACGCGGGCUUUGGAGAGUCUUCAGGAAAAUGAAAAAGAAGAGGCAAGGCUCAAAGAACAACAACAACAGCAACAGCAACAACAUCAACAGAGAGAGCAGCUUGAGUCUCAACAGCAGCUUCACCAACAGCAACAUCCACAGCAGCCAGUUAGCAGUCUUGUCUCUAGCCCUAAGAAGACUUUUCAGACCAAGCACCAGUUAGAGAGUAUGGCUCUUGCUGAUCAGCACUUUCUUGGGUCGACGUCAGGCUUCAUGGAUGAAGCUCCGGUCCCAGGGCUGUUGGAUUCCCCGUCUCUCAGCCUCAGCAACCAGCAUAAUUCAGCACCAGAAAACCCACCCAUGAUGUCGCACUACCAGGCUUUCCCGUUCCUUCCUCCUCCACCAGGCGAGAUAGAGAUGGAUCCGUCCAUUGGAGGAGGCAACAAGCGAGAGACAAGUAUCGGCCAUUCAGUCAAUUCUGAACUGGAUAAUCACAUCCUCAAGCGGCUAGCAUUGUCGUCCGUCUCACAUGAUACCGCUAGUGGCCCCCCCUCACUUCCUUUCCCCUCCCAUUCAGCGAGUAUGGAAUCUGUGCUUCUGGAAACGGACUCAACUGCAACUGUUGAUUCAGACGUCUCCUUCCAGCUUCCUGUCAUGUCUGGCUUCCACAAUGAGCAAACUACCUCAGAAACCAUGACCGACAAAUUUAUUCCGCCUGGCAAUACUGCAACGGACACGACAAGACCCAGGCAAGAAAUGGCACCUAUGAUAGAGUUUGCCGUUAGGCAGUUAUUGACCUCUGACCGGAUGCAUACCUUAACUGCUGGCAGUGAUCACCGCUCUGAUAAUAUGUCAACCAUGACUCAGUCGGGAUUAUCAAUGGCGAAGAGAGAAUCUGAAAUAUUGUCUUCAUCUCGUCAGAAUCUCUACUCCAUGAUGAAGCAAGAGCAGUUUUGUGAUGCGGUACUCUCCACUCCAAACAUCUCCAUCAAAGUGCACCAAGUUGUGCUGUGUUCCCUUAGCCAGGAGCUGACCGCCUUGCUGCACACGAUGCGACCACCGGAGCCAAGCCAGGGGUCCUCUCCGUCUGUCAUGCUGGUGGUCAACUGUGACAGCAUUAAGUCCAGCUCCCUUUCCACCUUCCUCAGCCUUGUCUACGUGGGUCAUGGUCCGCUGACCCACACUAAUGUGCUGGAUGUGUAUGUUCUGGCGUCCAGUCUCCGCAUGCCAUCUGUGCAAAAGUUAUGCCGUGACGUGAUGACUCAUAUGAGGAUCUCGAGCAGUCAAGUUAAAAAACCGCAGCUUGUAGUCUCUACACCAGUGCUUAAGAAAAGGGAUAAGAGUUGUUCCACUGACGCAACUGCAGCUGCUGGGGGGAAGGUGUAUGAGGAACGGGCGGUCAAUACUGGUCGCUGGGACUGGUCGAUGGAUGCUUCCACUCAGACUGACCGCUCGACCAGCGAGGCCGGAGAACGUGGACAGGAGGAGUGGGUCAUGCUGAAGAAGACGAAGCAGAAGACUGUGUCACCGUCCAAGAGUAGAGUGUUAGGAGUUAAAGUCGGUGUGUCCAGUGACAACAAUCCUGCCUCCUCUCAGACUGCUUUGAAAGUUGGGAAAAAAGGCUGCUUGUCUCCCAAGCAAACAUGUACAUCAGAUGCUCUGAUGGAAUCUGUGAGUGUCAGUGGCUCUGGUGCUGGGGAAAUUCUUCAGUUGAGUAGUUCUGCAACGGUAUGUCCUUCAGGGAAAGGGAAAGAUAGCUGUGUUGGAAUUGAGUCAAAAUCUGAUUCAAACUCAAGGCUGGAGGAGAGCAGAAUUCCCUGUGUCAGGGACAGAAAACCAAAUGUUGAUGAUGUUAUCGUGGAGAGGAGCACUACCUCUUCGUCGUCGUCUAGGGCAGAUGGAGAGAGGAAAAAGUCCUGUUUUGUAUCCUCUCCAUCAGUAGAACCCAAGACUGCACGCACGACAGUGGAGAUUGCAGAAGCUGCUGCAGCCGCAAAACUCUCUGCUCACAGUUACGGGACACGCUGGGCCCGAGGUGGCAACAGAAACUUUGUGUCGUAUGCCGCACUGGCUUCGGGGCUUGAUCGGAAGAAAGUGUCUACCGGCCAGAGAGAAAAACCUUCAUCUUUGUCAAAAAAGAAGGAGUUUAUCAAAUCAGCUGCCAGAAAUGAGAUGGCUGUUUGUGGCUCUGAACUGUCGACCCCUGUCAGAAGUGGCAGUGGUCACAGUAAGAUUGAGAAUGUGCAGAAUUUGGAAGUGUUGAACUCUGCAGAAGGCAAAGAUCCUGUGAGUAUUCAGUUUGGGAAAUCAGUAGGCGUGACGGAGGUAACUAAGGUGCCUGAUGUUAUGAUGAAACACCCUGACUCUGCUAUGGUCAGACAGUCUGCGAAGAGAUCUUUCAAGAAGAGCAUUGUUCACAGGUCAUGCAGUGAGGAGGUUCUAAAGGAUUCCAUAGGGAAGGACAAUCUGCAAACCAAAUCAGUGACUGCAGAGAAUGCAAGAGAGAGUGUUGGUGAUUUGAAGAGCAUUCGAAGUUCAUCUUUUGGAAUCCCUGACAGAUCUAACGUAAGUGACUCAGAGAUAUGGGAAGGGGGUAGCAACUCUGUGAGUCAUCUUCUGGAGUCAAUUGUCAACAACAUGGGUUCAGAGGAUGCUGACCUCCAGAAGGUUAUUCGCGAUCUCGACUCGGAGCUGCGUACCUCCCCAUCUUCUGCUAGUGGUCCACCAGCCUCCGCAUCCACACUCUCUGUAUCUUCACCUCUUAGAUCUCUUCAGCCACCUGAGGUGAGCCCUCCCCCAUCGAAGAUCAAAAUCACCUCGCAGUCUUCCACACCUCAAGGGUUUAGAAAAAGGCUUAUCCAGCAGAUGAAUUCAGAGAAAUCUGGAGCAUCCUCAUCAAUGGCCAGCUCUCAGCAACCGCUGAGCCAGUCGAUUGUCAAUAAUGCUGUACUCACCACAUCAUCAGAAAGCAACUUGCUCCCCGUCACUUUUGACAGUCUGAUAGCAGCGUCAUGCGACUCUGGGGUGUCGUCAGCUUGCGGCGUCACCUCAAGUGGCUUGUCUGUCAACGUAUCUUCUGUCAGAGAUGCCCUGAUGACAUCAUGUAUGAGUGUGACCAGUGGUCAAGCACCAGCAAAGAACUUUGAGGCUGCAACAACUGCCCCCUCAGGUCUCCAGACGCUGAAUGUGUCCAGUGUGGGAUUUGGUCGAAACCCGGGGACUGAGGAGAACAGCAGGCAGUUGGUACCCGCGACCUCCUCUAUGGACGUGUCGCCUCUCUCCGACCCGUUGUCAGCUGCUACUGGAUUACGCACCAGUAACAAGUCUCCUGUGUCAGGGAAGAGCGCGGCAUCUGCUGACGGGUCAGACAGGGACCUGGCGUCGCGGGAAGAAGACUCGCACACUUUCCACCACAAAAUCUUUAAGCGGAACCGCAGGACCAAAGUGAAAAAAUCUUUGUUAGCAGAAGACGUUGGCCUGGGCAAUGUGAAGGUGAAGGUCAAAAAGCUACAUUUGUUGGAGAUAGAUGGAGGGCUGGGGCUGAGCAAGGUGCGACAGAGGAAACACACAGGAAGUGACACGGAGGGCGGGAGCAGCAGUGGCCGGAGCAAGCAGAAGAAAUCUUUGUCUAGUGAGGUCGGGGGUUUUCUGUCCAAAGUGAGACCCCCGCCUAAGAAAAGGGCCAAAAUGGAGCUGGAGUUUUUGCGAGCGUCAGGGCGGCCGUCUUCAGAUGAAAGGCUAGAGUGUGAUGGGAGUAAUAAAAAUGUGGUGGCUGACCAGCUCCCAGGAGCUGAUGUGCACAACCCCAUGGAGAAGUGCGAGAAACUUGGUAGAGACUCACCAGGUGACAAUCUUGGUGUCCCAAAGGCGAGUGAUUCUCUACAAAGCUGUUCUGUGGACCCCUGUAUUGACAGUUCGCUCAGAUCAGUAGUUACAAAAGAUCCAAAUUUGGAGAAUGAGGCAUCUGAAGCAGAGAGAAAUACUGCGUCUUUGACAGCGGGAAAGAAUACCUCCUCAAGUGUGAAAGGAAAACAUGUCUCAGCUGUAGGAGGGAGUGGUGCCUCAAAUGUAAGAGGAAAAAAUACCCCAGCUGUAGGAGGAAAUCAUCUCACAAGUGUUAGAGGAAAAAAUAACUCGACCUUUGGAGGAAACAGUGCCCCAAAUGUAGAGGAAUCUGAUUCGGUGCUUGAUGAGAAUGAAUCUGUCUGUGUCCUGAACAAGUCAAGUGACCCUCUCUCGGUCCAGUCUGAUAGUGUUGAGGAGGAGGCAUCCGCUAGAUUUAAACAAAAAGACACUCUUGCAGAAGAAAGCUUUGGUUCCAGUUCUAAGAAAGCGGAAAGAGAAAGGAUGGAUGGUGUGGUCAGUGCAAAGGGCAAGAAGUCAGCUCCGUCCGGGCAGGUCAGGGAGCGAAGCGCAGUAACGGUGGGAACUGUCAAGUCCAGCUGGUUGAAAGGAGCUUCGACCAGGGCUGUCCCUCGGAAGUCUUUCUCCAAACCAAUGAAAAGACCAACCAUUGCAGAAAAAUCUAAGGCGAAAGAGUCGACGGUGAUGAAGAAACAGAAAUCCAAAGAGAACAGCAGUAAAUCCAGGAAAGUGGAGUCGGUGGUGUUGCCGAGCUCAGCAGACGUGAGGAAUAUUUCUGUGGAGACGGAGUUGACGCUGUUGCUUGAGCAGCGAUCCAAGUCUGACAAGCCCCAGAGGAAUCAUUUCAUCUGCAAGCUAUGUCAGGCUGUGGUGAAGAGUGCGCGGCGCACCAUCAAGCACGUGUUGAAUCAUGGCACAGAGCCAGACUGUGUGCUGGAGCAGGUGACAAUAGGCCAAGGGAAGGAUGUUUCUCAGAGUUGCGAACUGUGUGGCUACCACAGCACGGUAGGGAGGGCCUACUACCUGCACUACCACCGCUACUUCAAACACGGCAUGCCGCUUCCUCCUGGCUGGAGCAGCAACCGCUGCGACAUCUGUGACAAGGAAUGCCACACCAAAUUCAUGCUCAAGGAACACCAGCGCACGCACCAGAGUCAGGAGUCGGGCUUCACGUGCCCGCACUGUGGACAGGCUUUUCAGAACCGUAACAGUUUCAACAACCACAUCUUUCACAAGCACUCGAAAGACCGCAAGCAUCAGUGCAAGGUUUGUGAGAAGAGCUUCAAGACCUGGACACAGCUCAAGGUCCACUUCCGGUCACACACAGGCAACCGUCCAUUUUCAUGCCCCGAGUGCGACUACAGCAGCACUACACAGGGCAACAUGAAGAACCACCUGAAAGGCAAACACAGCUUUGACGAUGAUAGAGUCAAUGUCAUUAUUAAAAAGCUCAACCAAGAAAACAAGGACUUGGAUCCAGCUGGACUUGCCGUUGCUAUGCAGGCACUUGUGGAGAAGAUGAAAACAGACCCGAGCUUAAAAUAUCCAAAUCAGAAAAGGAAAUCUGAUGGUGGAAAGUCUGGUCUGAAAAAAUCUGCAGCAUCUGGAAAGUCUGGACGAUCACGGUUUGAGGGAAGUCGGAUCCAGCGUCUGCUUACCCAGCCCCUGUCCACCCUCCAGCCUCCCACACUGGUGUUACCAUCUGUGCUGAAGAAUGAAGGUGUUGCCUGCAGCGAAAAGAGCUCUGUUCGAAGUGGCCAGGUUAAGUCUGAAAAAUCCACCUCAGUGGUCCCCAUCAAUACCUCUACAGUUGCUAUGCCUCCCGUCAUGUCGCAAGAGACGGUGUCAACUACAACAGCAGCCACAGCCACAGCUCUGCUCCCAGCCAAAAGUCUCCUGCUGCCUCUGUCCCAGUCCAAGCCCCUCCCCCCACCCUCGGUUCUGUGUACCGUCCAGACAGCUGCAGCGACGGUUGGGGUUGGCGGGCAGGAGUCAGACUCGCUCCUCAGCUGCUCCGUGAUCCCUGUGCAGAUCCUGCCCGCGCCUAAUCUGGACAGCUCCUCCAUGAUGGAGAUCCCUUGCACGGUCCCCCACCAGACUGUCAGUUUUGGCACGGCGGCUGACAUGCUGGCAUCGAGCGUUGCCGUGAUGAACCACCAUCCCCACCACCUUCCCACGGUGCACUGGCUGCAGACGGAUGGCUCGCCUCUGACCUCUGUGUCGGCUGUGACAUUGCCUCAGGAGCCUAUUACGAUCUUGAACACAGGUCAAGGUCACAGCCUCCUGACUGGCGUGGACCAAGUGGACUCUCGAGUGGAGAUCAACGGCUCCACAGCUUCUUUGGUUGUGCUGCCAGGGCCAGCUAUUGCGGAGAGUUCGGGCGCAAUCGCCGCGGUCAACUCACAGUUGUCCAGCCUCUUUCCUACUAACCCCACGGCCUGCCAGCCCAUGAUAUUUCCUGUGACCUCUGACCUAUGCACUGUCCCGACCUCUGUUGUUUCCGCAGUGAGCUCACUACCUCACCACCACAUGGUACAAGUGGACUUUGUCGGAGGCUCCGGUGAUGGGCCAGACAUCUCCGAGCUGGGAGGGGAGCUGGACAUCGGCUCUGGUCAAGAAGGGUCAGUUGCCGAACAACCGGCAGACAGCACCGACGUCAGCCCGCCGGAGGAGGUCAAGCUUGCAGGUUCGGCCGACCUGCUGGGCGUCGUGACGACAGACCAGUCUGACGACUGUGACGGCACUGUCGCUAUGUGUGGGGAGCAGCCUGGGAGUUACGCUAACUCUCACGAUGCAGAAUUCCUGACCCAGGUCAUUGUUAGUUCUGGGGUUACUUGAAAUAAAGCUCGAGUUUAGGAAUUUAAAAAUACUUCUGAGCAUAUUAUGAAUGUAAAGAAUAAGGUUGUAUUUUCUCAAACCUCUGCCCAUUUGCAGUGGAACUCGGAUUCAACGAACUGGAAUUCAACGAGAACUUGGAUUCAACAAAAGGAGGUGAUUCCUGGUUUUUUU